AUGCAGACGCAGUCCCGCCUCGCCGUGAACGGCGGCGGCAGCGGCAGCAGCAGCUCGGCCUCGGAGGACGAGCACGAGGUGGUGAUCCGCGAGCUGACGCGGGGCCACGAGCUGACGGCGCAGCUGCGGGCGGAGGCCCUUCGCGCGCUGCGCGGGCAGGGCCAGGCCGAGGCCACCGCCGCAUUCAUCCUGCAGGAGGUGUCCCGCGCCUUCACCGUCUGCCUCACCAUCAUGAGCUCGCCCGCCCGCGCCCCGCCGUCGUCCCAACCGCCGCCGACGAUGGAAAUGGCGCCCGCGCCUGCCCUGGCCCCGCCGCGCCGGAGUCGGGACGACAGCAUUCCAAGAGAGCAAAGGACGACAUCCUCGCCGCACAACGAUGGGCACCAGUGGAGGAAGUACGGCCAGAAGAGGAUCACCAAGACGCAGUUCCCGAGGUGCUACUUCAAGUGCAGCUUCCACCGCGAGCGCAACUGCCGGGCCACCAAGCAGGUGCAGCAGUGCAGCAACGACGACCCGCCCCAGUACGUCGUCAUGUACUUCAACGACCACACGUGCGACACGGCGGCGACCUCGGGGAUGAUGCCGCUGGACGACCUGUCCGGGCUGGUGAUGGCACGCCAGCAGGCCGGCCAGGCAGGCGCCCGCGCGCUGCUGGACGAACGCGGCGUCCAGGAGGAGCACGAGCGCCGGCUGUUCGUCUCGUCGCUCGCCUGCGUGCUGGGGGGCCACCAGCAGCAGUCUCCUGCGGGAAGCGGAACCACCGCCGCCGCCGUCGCCGUUAACGCGGGGCAUCAGCAGGAGCCGCCGCCGCGGGCCCGCACGCGCGACGACGCGCCUGCGGGCGUUGACGCGCCCGGUGAGAUGCCGCGCAUCAUUGAUGUGGACGUGGCGGGGCUGGAUGUCAUGGACUACGAUGUGACGGACGCGCUGUGUUUCGGCGAUUCCUACGACCUACCUGGCGACGGUUUUCCGUUUUUAUAA